CCUUGUGUCCUUGACCAAUCUCCGAUCCUUACAUUUGAGAAACAAUGACUUCUCUGGAGAUCUCCCCUUGUCCUUGAAAAUGGCCAAAAAGUUGGUCACUCUUGACAUUAGUAAGAACAAACUCUCAGGUAGCAUACCAAUAUGGAUAGGAGAAAACCUUUCAUCUUUAAUUGUGCUUUGCUUGAGAUCAAAUUUAUUCCAUGGCAUUAUUCCAGCACAAUUAGCAAAACUUUCCUCUCUUCAGAUUUUGGACCUUGCACAGAACAACCUAUCAGGUUGCAUUCCUCAUUCUUUUGGAGAUUUCAAAGCUAUGGUAGUCACAAACCACACUCAAUGGUGGUCUUUGUUCUCUAUUUUGAGUGUUGCCGAACCUUUUUUCCCCUUUUUCAAUGAUGAUGUUCUUAAUAGCUUUGUGUACUUAGAAUCUGUCUUAAUAAGUGCAAAGGGUCUUCAAAUGGAAUACUCCAAGGUUCUAUCAUUAGCCACAAGCAUAGACCUAUCAAACAAUAAGCUUUCCUGUGAGUUGCCUGAAAAACUGACCAAACUACAUGGGUUGCACUUCUUGAAUCUUUCUGGCAAUCAUCUCAUUGGGAAAAUACCAGAAAGCAUCGGUGACAUGAAGCAAAUUGAAUCACUUGAUCUAUCAACAAAUAAUUUAUUUGGUACAAUUCCUUCGAGCAUGUCUACUUUGAACUUUUUGGGUCAUUUGAAUCUGUCGCACAACAGUUUGUCAGGAAAAAUUCCAUCAAGCACUCAACUUCAGUCUUUCGAUCCAUCAGCCUAUAAUUCGAAUCAUGGUCUCUGUGGAUCACCUCUUCAGAAUUGUGCUAAUGGCACACAUUAUUCCCAAGUCACAAAUGAGGAAGAAGGAAAAGGAGAUUGGACAGAGAUGUUAUGGCUUUACAUAGGUCUUACAAUGGGAUUCAUAACUGGCUUCUGGAUGAUCAUCGGUACCAUUAUCAUCAAGCAAACCAUAAGAAUUGCUUAUUUCCGAUCCAUUGACAAAGUGCAUGAUUGGAUAUAUGUGAAGAUGGUUGUGUACUCAGAGGCUGAAGUCAACUUUCUCAAGAAGGAACUAAGGUCCAAGUAACAUGGCAGGUGGCCUAAGUAGUGUAUAUCAAUAAAGUGAUGUCAGUAUAUUAUGUUGCUCUUGUUAUAAGUCCUUGUUCAUUCUGUAUUUGAACCAUGAGUUUGUUAUUUGAAUUGUUACUAAGUUUGAAAUCAUAAGUGUAGAACAUCAUUAUGUGUUGUUAUUUGAAGAUAUAACAUUUUGCUAUGUUUUAUGAGGAUAUGAAAGUUAUUUAUUGA